UGGCUGAAGGAUCCACAAGCGGUUGUCCCCCAUCAACAGCCAUUUUGAGGAAAGCCGGGUUAAUAACCCGUGGGGAAACGCACCAAAAUUUUAUCACUGAAACAAAACUAAAUAACCACCAGGGGGACACCUAACCAAGACAGGCUACAAGAUGUUCCGUAUUCAGCAGGCGUCGUCCAUAGUGGGCACUGUCCAGUGCCAGAGAACUACGUUGCGUAUCUCUAGUCGCCGUGGCUACAGAACCUAUCAGAGUCUAUUCCAAGACGCCUCCAAGAAAUCCGAAAGCAUCGCAGGAAUUCCGUACAAUAAGAUCUCACUGGGAGUCCCGAAGGAAAUCUUCAAGAAUGAACGCAGAGUGGCGCUGUCGCCAGCUGCAACGGAGGUUUUGGCCAAGAAAGGGUUCACAGUCAAUAUUGAAGAAGGCGCUGGUGUCGAGUCUAAAUUCACAAAUGCUGCGUAUGAACAGGUGGGGGCAAAGAUUCUGCCAAAGAGCGGAGUAUUUGCCUCAGAUAUCAUUCUCAAAGUCAGAGGCCCCGAGACGUCAGAAGUCAACCUUUUUAAAGACAAGGGCACUCUGAUUAGCUUCCUUUACCCUGCGCAGAACCCUGAGCUGGUGAAUUCUUUAGCACAGAAACAGAUGACUGCCUUUGCCAUGGACUGCAUCCCUCGUAUCAGCAGGGCGCAGGUGUUUGAUGCGCUCAGUUCUAUGGGGAACAUCGCAGGCUACAAGGCAGUUGUGGAGGCAGCAAACAACUUUGGAAGGUUCUUUACAGGUCAGAUUACGGCUGCAGGAAAGGUACCCCCCGCCAAGGUCCUUGUCAUCGGUGGCGGCGUGGCUGGACUGGCCGCCAUUGGGACUGCUAAGAGCAUGGGCGCCAUCGUGAGGGCAUUUGACGUGCGGGAGGCGGCCAGGGAGCAGAUAGAGUCCCAGGGGGCACAGUUCCUGACUGUCGACUUAAAGGAAGCUGGUGAGGGAGAGGGAGGCUAUGCCAAGGAGAUGUCGCCAGAGUUUAUAGACGCAGAGAUGAAGUUGUUUGCCAAGCAGUGUAAGGAGGUCGACAUCGUCAUCACCACAGCUCUGAUCCCAGGAAAACCUGCGCCUAAACUCAUCACCAAGGAAAUGGUAGAGAGUAUGAAGCCAGGCUCGGUGAUCGUGGAUUUGGCGGCUGAAGCAGGAGGGAACGUGGAGACCACGCGGCCAGGAGAGUUGUAUAAAUACAAAGACGUGGUCCACGUCGGGUACACAGAUCUUCCCAGCCGCCUACCCACACAGUCUAGUACUCUCUAUGGAAACAACAUCUCUAAGUUUCUACUAUCUAUAGGUGAAAAAGACCAUUACAACAUCAACCUGGAGGAUGAAGUGGUCAGAGGCUCAAUCAUACUACAUGAGGGCAAGAAAAUGUGGCCACCCCCCAAACCCAAGGUAGCGGAAGCUGCCGCCCCAGAGGUCAAGGUCGAGGUCCCCAGCACUGCCGUUAAGGAGAGGAGUCCAGAAGAAAUCAAGAAAGCAGAGACGAUAAGUGGAGCGCGAGCUGUGACAGCAGGAAUGGUGACAGCCGUCGGUUUAGGGAUGGCUGCCCCCAACCCGGCCUUCGCACAGAUGAUCACGACCUUUGCCCUCUCAGGAAUUGUGGGCUAUCACACAGUGUGGGGUGUGGUCCCCGCCCUGCACUCACCUCUGAUGUCCGUCACCAACGCCAUCUCUGGAAUCACCGCAGCCGGAGGUCUGCUAUUGAUGGGUGCCAGUACGGGGGGAUCCACGCCUUACAAUCUGGCUGCCGUGGCAACCUUCAUCUCGUCCAUCAACAUCGGCGGCGGUUUCGUGGUGACACAGAGGAUGUUGGACAUGUUUAAAAGACCAACUGACCCUCCAGAGCACACCUACCUGUACGCCAUCCCCGGGGGGUCACUCCUGGGUCUGUAUGGCCUUCUCCACCUGACGGGCACCCCCGCCCACGAGCUGCACCAGCUGAUGUACCUGGCGGCGGGCGUUAGCUGUGUGGGGGCGCUGCAGGGACUGUCCAGUCAGAAGACGUGUAGAGUGGGUGGUCCUGUUAUGAGCCAUUUAAAUGGUACCAUCUCUGUUGGGAACCCAGCUCACCCUACUGUGAACAGAAGGAAUGUGAUUGUGCUAAUGGUGAAAAACCAUAUGAUAAGAGUGAUGACAUUGCCUCUGAUAGUAUGUCAUACACUUUAA